AUGCACCAGCCGUGGGCGUCGCUGCUGGUGCACGGCAUCAAGCGUGUUGAGGGCCGCUCAUGGCCGUCCCCGAUCACAGGUCGCCUGUGGAUUCACGCAGCAUCCAAGGUUCCUGACCCCGACACCAUCAAAGCCAUGGAGGAUUUCUAUAGGGAGAUUUAUGCCGUCAAUGACAUCACUGACAUCAAGUUCCCUGAUCAUUACCCUGUCUCGCGCCUCCUUGGCUGUGUUGAGGUGGUAGGCUGCCUCAGGUCUGACGAGCUUGUUUGCUGGGAACACGUUCCUGAGUCUGUCAGGCUUGAAGGGCUGACUGACUUUUGUUGGCUCUGUGAGAAUCCGCAGAAGUUGGUGGUUCCAUUCGAGAUGCGUGGUUACCAGGGCGUCUACAAUUUAGAAAGAAGGAUCUAUGAUGAUGGGGCUGUGAGGGCCCUCUUCUUUCACCUUUUCAAGGUCCACUGCCUGUCAAGUUCCGCUGUGAGGGCCUUUUCACCUGUUCAAGGGGCUCGAGCUGCAGCCACUCAAUUCUCAAAGAAGGAUCACAAAGCUGCUACUAGUAGUGAAACUGGUACACAAGAGCAAUCCUGGGGAAGCAAUGGUGAUAGCAGUUCAGUUGAUGGCAAUGUGCCGUCCAUUGUCCAUGGCGGCUCUGCGUAUCUACAGAACCAGAAUCAGCCUUCAAUUUUCCAGAGCACUCCAGCGUACUCCCAAAAUCCAAAUUCGGAGCCUCGGAGAAGCCCCAGAUUAGAAUUUGGAGCUUCCAAUAGGCUUGUUACAGUGGCACUGAGGGAGCUGAAGCAGUUAAGCCUGAGCGAGAAAGGAGCAGGACAAGCAGUUCCCAGAAGCUGA